AUGUGCAUAACUGCAUGCAUAUUUGAAUUAUUAGAUCUUGAUACUAGUGAUGAAAGUAGUGAAGAUGAAUUAAUAGAAAGUAAUGAAGAAGAUAAAGAUAUAGAAUUAUCUGAAUCAGAAGCAGAGUUGUUAACUGAAAGUGAUAUAGAUAGCAAAGAUAAAUAA